AUUUGUGGCGAGCACACAUACUUCGUCUUCUCGCUCGGCAGAGAGAUAUGAGAGAUACAGAGUGUUGCCGGAGAUAUAAUAGACAAAAGCAGGUGUGGAUCGCUUGGACCAGGAAUGGUCUUAGCUAGAUACCUCACAACACGAGGCUCUGCUCGGCGUGUCAAGUGGGAGAUGCUCGUGCUGCUUGGACUAUUGCUUCUUUGCCGUGGAAUCGGCAGCACCCAUGGCUCACCGGACGACCACGCCGGCGACGGCGACAUGAUGUCGCUGCUGGAUUUCAAGAGGGCCAUCACCAGCGACCCAAAGCGAGCUCUAGCCACAUGGAACACAAGCAACCCCUUGUGCAGGUGGGCUGGGGUCGCGUGCGGCCGGGCGCACCGGGGGCGUGUGAUCACAUCGCUGGGACUCGCAGGCCAGGACCUCGAAGGUGAAAUCACCUCCUCUCUUGGAAAUCUCACGUUUCUGAAGACGCUGAACCUGUCCGAGAACAGCUUCUCAGGCCGCUUGCCUCCUCUGGGCCGUCUCGGCAAACUGGAGGUCCUUGAUCUGAGCCGGAACUCGUUGCGCGAUGCUAUCCCAGAUGGAAUCGCCAAUUGCUCCAGCCUUCGUAUACUUGACCUCUCUGAAAACUCUCUAGUCGGUGAACUCCACCCUAAACUCGGCUUACUUUCUGGUCUCUCAGCUUUAGAUCUACACGGGAAUAGACUCAGAGGAACCAUCCCACCGUCCCUCGACAAUAUGACUCACCUAAAAGUACUCGGUCUAGAAAAUAAUAGCCUGUCAGGAAGUAUCCCUGCUGAGCUUGGAAAAUUAUCGAAUUUGUGGAUCUUGUCUCUAGGUGAAAAUAUAUUAUCAGGCGGCAUACCACGUUGCUUGGGAAAUCUCCAACAACUCAGGUGGAUGGAACUUGAUAACAACAAUCUCAGGGGUAAAAUACCAGUUACCUUGGGGAAUCUCCAACAGCUCAAAUUGAUGGAUCUUAGUCACAGCAAUCUCAGUGGUAAAAUACCACGUACCUUGGGGAAUCUCCAACAACUCAUAAUGAUGAACCUCAGUAACAACAAUCUCAGGGGUAAAAUACCAGUUACCUUGGGGAAUCUCCAACAGCUCCAAUUGAUGGAUCUUAGUCACAACAAUCUCAGUGGUAAAAUACCGCGUACUUUGGAGAAUCUCCAACAACUCAUGUGGAUGGACCUUAAUAACAAUAAUCUCCGUGGUAAAAUACCACGUACAUUGGGGAAUCUCCAACAGCUCUUAUCCAUGGAUCUUAGUCACAACAAUCUCGAAGGUGAUAUACCAUCCAAUUUGGGUGACCUUGGUCAACUCUACCACCUGGAUCUUAGCGACAACAAACUUAAAGGUAUCAUACCUUAGGAAGUCAUUCUGUACUUGCACAGUAUUCAGCCGCACCAUCCUGUAAUAGUACUCGUUUCAAGGUUCAAUACGCGUAGAUCGCAAGUUUGCUCCAGCAAUCUCACCGCACCACGGUGGACUGGAAGCGAGCCUCACUUGAGAAAUACAUGUAAUUCACUGUGAGCUGAUUCGUCUGAUGAAAAGAUCCCAUGAUCUCAUUUUUGUGGUACACCUUCCUGGUAUAUGUUAAUGACACGAAAAGUGUUUCCUGUUU